UGUUACGCUGCGAUUGGGGUUACGAUUUUGUUAAUGUUAAAGUUAGGGUAAGGGUAAGUGUUAGAGUUACGGUAAGAGUAAGGGUUAGAGUUAGGGUAAGUGUUAGAGUUAGGUUAAGGGUUAGAGCUUCUGUUAUGCUGUGAUUAGGGUUACAAUUCGGUUGGAGUUAUUGUUAGAGUUACGGUAAGAGUAAGUGUUAAAGUUAGGGUAAGGGAUAGAGCUUCUGUUAUGCUGUGAUUAGGGUUAUGAUUCGGUUGGGGUGAGGGUUAGAGCUUUGAUUCGGUAAGGAUUAGGGUCAUGGUUAUUCUGUUAGGAUUAGAGCUGCAUUUCAGUUAGUGGAUUCCAUACUGCCAGUUAUUCCAAGGUGUGGGAGACUUCAAGAAUGGGAAAGUCAGAAAUAAAGGAGAUUCCAAAGCAGGGGAGACACAAAGAAAGAGAGACUUCAAAAACAGGAAAUCUCCCUUAUCUGUAUUUACACCCCAUAGCAGGGCUCCUUCUGCAUAAUUUAAAGUUUAAGCUAAGACUUGAGCCACCAACGUUAUUUUACAGCCACUAAUAAAAACUAUAGCCACUGUUCACUUUAUCGUAUGUGCUAAGCAAGGCAUAAACAGGUAAUGGGUACGAGAAAAGAGAUGUACGAAAACAUUUUAUGACAUGACACUGCAAUUUGACGAUUUCGUUAGUCAAUCAUAAUUUUCUGAGCAGUUAAACCAUUCGCCAAUUUUAUUCGUCACUUAGUGUCAUAAAAUCGUCACUGUUAUUUAUUCAUCGCAUUUUGCGAAGGUGGCGAAUGCCAGCGGUAGCCCUGCCAUAGUUUGAUUAGAAUUUUCCUCUGUGAGAUGCAAGAGCUUUUAUUCCACUCUCCACACAUCACCCACGCGUAUUGCUAAAUCUGGUGAUGUCACUACUGGUGGAUUUGUAGCUGUGACCCCAUCUUCGUAGCGUACCUUGUUAUGUCUGGGGCAGUGACAUGCAGUGUUGCAGUAUGUCAAUGAUGAUAUUUAUUUUGGCAUCUUUUUCCCAGCAGGAGAGCAUUAGCGAGAGCUCAAAACGAGGCAGAACUGAGCACCUGCGAUCUGUCUGAUGGAGCCUUCUCAUUCAGAUAUGCCACGCCCUGGAGGAGAGAAGUCCUACGUGUGUGAUGUGUGUGGAUACGCCAGCUUCAAGUUACGUUGUCUCAAGAAACAUAUGCGCUCUCACAGAGCAGAGAAGCCAUAUGCAUGUGAUAGAUGUGAAUAUGAGUGUUUUACAUCUGAUAUGCUUAAGACACACAUGUACACUCACACGUGUCAAAAGCCAUAUGCGUGCGAUAUAUGUGAAUACAGGUGUAGGAACUCCAGUAAUCUCAAGAAUCACACGCGCACUCACACGGGAGAGAAGCCGUAUGCAUGUGAGAGAUGUGAAUUUAAGUGUUCUACGUCUGAUAUGCUUAAGUCACACAUGCGCACUCACACGGGAGAGAAACCAUUUGCAUGCGACAAGUGUGAAUACAGGUGUAGGAGAUCCAGUCUUCUCAAGUUACACAUGCGCACUCACACGGGAGAAAAACCAUUUGCGUGCGACAAGUGUGAAUACAGGUGUACGACCUCCGCUUAUCUCAAGACACACAUGCGCACUCACACGGGAGAAAAGCCGUUUACGUGCAAUAGUUGUGAAUACAGGUGCACGUCCUCCAGUUCUCUCAGGAAUCACAUGCUCACUCACACAGGAGAUAAGCCGUGCAUGUGUGAUAUAUGUGGGGCCAGGUUUACGAUCCUAGGCAAUCUUAAACAACACAUUAGCACUCACACGGGAGAGAAACCGUAUGCGUGUGACACGUGUGAAUACAGGUGUGGGACGUCUAGUAGACUCAAGAUACACAUGCGCACUCACACGGGAGAGAAAAGAUUUGCAUGCAAUAUAUGUGAAUACAGGUUUACGACUGCGGUUACUCUCAAGAAACACAUUCUCACUCACACCGGAGAGAAGUCGUUUGCGUGCGAUAUAUGUGAACACAGGUGUAGGAGCUGCAGUGAUCUCAAGAUACACAUGCGCACUCACACGGGAGAAAAACCGUUUGCAUGUGAGAGAUGUGAAUAUAGGUGUUCUAAGUCACAGCGUACAGAAUCGUGUUCUAAGUCUGGUACGCUUAAGUCACACAUGCGCACUCACACGGGAGAAAAACCGUUUGCAUGUGAGAGAUGUGAAUAUAGGUGUUCUAAGUCUGGUACGCUUAAGUCACACAUGCGCACUCACACGGGAGAAAGACCGUUUGCAUGUGAGAGAUGUGAAUAUAGGUGUUCUAGGUCUGGUAAUCUUGAGAAACAUAUGCGCACUCACACGGGAGAAAAGCCGUACGUGUGUGAUAUAUGUGAACACAGAUAUACUGCCCUCAGUAAUCUCAAGGUACACAUGCGCACUCACACGGGAGUGCAAUCGUUUGCGUGCGACAUAUGUGAGUACAAGUGUAUAUCUUCCACUCAACUCAAGGUACACGUGGACUCACACAUGAGAGAAACCAUUUGCGUGUGACAAGUGUGGAUGCAAGUUUACUGCCUGCGCAGUUCACUGAAUAGUCACUGGCGCACUCACUCAAAACCGAGCGCGUGAUACACGCAUCUACGCAGGGCAAAUACAGAAACCAGGACUGCAUCAAAUCGUAUAGCAUGACAGUAUCACAUCGUCUAAAACAAUCCUACUGCGCAAACUGAUAUCGCGCUGCCGUCCUUCGUAGCUCAUAGUAGAGUAUUGUGAAGUAUAUAAAUGAGAUCACUGAUCUCUGUAAACUAUCUGGAUAGCGGCUGGCCAAUCCUCUGUCAGCGAGAAAACGAUGCCAUCACAUCGUCACUGGCCGCCAUUUUGCGACCACGCCAAACACUCCGCGCCGGUAUGCGCCCCGUAACAUUUAGAAUGUAGAAUUAGAAAAUGCAGCGUACUUUAUCAUUCUCAUUUGCAUCAUGAAAACAACAAACUUUGAUGAAUACAUGACAGUAUAUAUAAAUAUUUAUCGGCAUAUUAAAUGAGGGAUUAAAAUUGUUAUGCAUGAACAUAUUUACCACAUUGUUUGUGCGUCGUAACGUGGUACGUGCAGAUAUUCGGAUAUCAUUGCAAUGCUGCCUGUGGCGUGAUCAGUUCUAUGUACGUAUGUUGUAUUCAUUUAUUCAUAACACGUGUCACGUAAUAUUGCAUGUAUAGGUUCUGUAAUGUUUUUUUGGAACUUUUUUCGAAAUUGUCAUUUGUUUUCGUUCAGCUAUUGUCAUGAAUACAAACGUCACAUGUUGGCAUGUA